AUGCUGUCUCAGCAUAAUAUGCUCGUUGUACUGAUUGCUUUGAUAACUAUGUCCAACAUUAUUCAGUGGGGAGUCUCAACAGCUCAAGCAGAAAAUGGAAACAGUACGUCUCCACAGCAGAAAUCCAGAAGCUCAUUCUGGGGUUGGCUUAAAUGGAUAGUAACUGUGAUAUGCAUGAUAAAUAGCAUCAUCACCACUUACUUCUGAUAGUGAUGAUCAACAACACCGAAAUGAAAUUGUUUCUGAAGAUCUCAUCUUUCUGUUUAUCGAUGAAAAUGUACUAACUGUAAACUGUUGACUAUGUUUCUGACUUCUCUUAUCCUAUUCACAUGUCAUGAAUCAUCUCAUACUUCAUUUGUGUAUCUAUGCUUCAACAGAAUGUGAUAAU